GCACGGUAUAGAGAGGUUGCGAGUUUUCACGCCGACUAGUGGUUGGGUGUUGUAUUGCUGUUUUGACAGUUGUGGUUUUUUCUCAUCCAGUGUUUUUGUUGUGGGUUUUUUGGUCGGAACGGAUUUGCUGCUUUUUAUCAGGAUUAAUAUGGAUGACAGGCAAAAGAUCGAGAAGCUUUAAAUGCGCCGUCCAUCACAGGGACCGGGAGGUUUCUUCAGAAAACGACUUCCAUCUUCUCUUGGUUGAGCCGCCAUUGUUUCGCAGGAUGGUUGCAAUUGUGGCAGACGAAUUCCUCACAGACGACAGAGACAGGAAGUACUACGCGGAUCACUACACCUGUUGCCCCCCUCCACUUUUUGUAAUAAUCAUUACGCUAGUUGAGUUGGGGUUUUUCACAUAUUACUCCGUAAGCACAGGAGAAUUAAAUCCAGCUGGUCCAGUACCAAUAGACUCUAUAUUCAUAUAUAGACCAGACAAAAGGACUGAGAUAUGGAGGUUCAUGUUGUACAUGAUGUUACAUGCAGGAUGGUUACAUCUGGGCUUCAAUCUGGUUGUCCAACUGCUGGUAGGCCUCCCCCUGGAGAUGGUCCACGGCUCCGGCCGGGUGGCCCUCAUCUACAUGGCCGGUGUGGUGGCCGGAUCACUGGGCACCUCGGUGUUCGAUCCCUACGUCUACCUCGUGGGUGCCUCGGGCGGGGUGUACGCCCUCCUUGCGGCCCACCUAGCCAACGUGCUGCUGAACUACAAUAACAUGCAGUGUGGCAUCUUAAGACUGUUUGGAAUUUUUGCAAUCGCAUCGUGUGAUGUAGGAUAUGCAGUAUAUUCGAGAUACGCCGAAGAAGUCAUGGGCCCCCCUGUGUCAUACGUGGCCCACCUAACGGGCGCUCUGGCGGGCCUAACCAUAGGCCUGUUGGUGCUGAAAAAUUUCGAGCAGAAGCUGCACGAGCAGCUCCUCUGGUGGAUAGCCCUGGGAGUGUACGCGGCCUGCACCAUUUUCGCCAUCCUCUUCAACAUCAUGAACCCCACGGAGGAUGCGGUGCUGGAGAACCAGGGGGAUGGCGUCAACAGUCAAUACGUGUUAUACAAUAGGUUUUGGGUAUAGCCCUAAUUGUUAAAUAAUUGUUCGUCUGGUUUCUGUAAAUAAGUUUAACCGUUUUUGUACUGAUUUUUCUAUGAAGGUGGAUCAUCGCGUAGUAGGAAUUUCCAUUUUGCAUUCUUGAGUAUUUUCCGGUGUAGUUUUUGUUUUUAAGAGUGAGAGAGAGUGAGGGGGAGAGAAUGCGUAAGAAAUAGUCAAGGAUACAAGCACAGUAACACUUGUAUAUAUCAUGUGUAUAUAAUUUAUAUUUAUUUGAUAUUUAUACCAAAGACUGAGAUGAAUAAAUUUUUGUAUGGUUUAUUUAUAUUAGUUUAGAAAUUGUUGUCAAUGCAUUUAGUUUACUUUGGCGCGAACGAAUCCGCAACAAAGCGCCACUCGAGUUCCUAUUUUCGUUCUAUCCCGUCCUGUGAAUAUAUUUAUAUAGCAUUUUUUUUACUCGUUUACCACUUACCACACUCCAUUUUCGCAAUAAUUCCAUACACUGUUGACAAUAAUUUCUAUUAUUUAAGUUGGAAAACCUUUGUAGUUCUUGUAGUUGGACUUGGACCGGGAAAACGUCACAUUGACGCCUCAAGGACGUCGCACGUGAGGUUAUGUAAGCGUCGACGUCGUUUUCCCGGGACGGGCUACGGGGUCUUUACUUACACAUGAAGAGUUGUAAGUAAAGGGCGCAGAUUAUGUUUCCGAGUGAUAUUAUAACUAGUCAUAAAGAUAAAAAAAAAAUAAGGAAAGCCUACCAAAGAAAGUGCUAGUUGAUAAUUAUAUUUACACGAAAACUCCACACGCAUCGCCUUACAACGGUAGACAAUUCGCACAUAUUCUGUCACAAAGAAAUUGUAUUUUUUUACACUCAGGUAGAUACACUGAUAUUGAAUUAUGAAAGUGUAAGCUGUAACUGUUUAAACCAUUACCAUUAUUCCAUUUUUGUUAUUUCCAAUUAUUUAAACAUUGUCUGUUAUGAACUGCCUAAGCAACAUUAUGAAAAACUAGAAAAUAAAAUAGUUACAUUUUAAA